UUCCUCGGACCACCCCCCCCCCCCCACCCCCCAAAAAGAAAUCGCGAUUUCAACUCCUAACCGGCAACGGCGUCGUUUCAAACGAGUCGUCGCUGUCGUCAUCCGAUCAUGAGGCCGAUUCAACCGCCGCCCGGAACGAACCCAGCAGCAGAAGCAGCACCACCGAGACAAGUAACCAACCAGAGACGACGUCGUCACGACCUAACCCUACCCCUCCCUCAGCGGGACACAUCGCUUGCUGUGCCGCUCCCUCUCCCUCCGCCCGGCCCCAGCUCGGCCCAGUCCUCCUCGGCCCACAGCGCGGCCCAGCAGCUCAUCAACUUCUCCGAGCUCGAGCGCUCCAACCGCAUCGGGAGCGGAGCUGGAGGCACCGUCUACAAGGUCAUCCACCGCCCCACGGGCCGUCUUUACGCGCUCAAGGUGAUUUACGGCAACCACGAGAUCGAAACCCUCCGCCAGAUCUGCCGCGAGAUCGAAAUCCUGCGUGACGUCGAUAACCCCAACGUCGUCAAGUGCCACGACAUGUUCGACCACAACGGCGAGAUCCAGGUCCUGCUCGAGUACAUGGACGGCGGGUCGCUGGAGGGCAAGCACAUCGGGAACGAGAAGGUCCUUUCCGAUUUGGCCAGGCAAAUCCUCAGCGGCCUCGCCUACCUCCACCGGCGGAAGAUCGUGCAUCGCGAUAUCAAACCCUCGAAUCUUCUGAUCAACGCGAGGAACCAGGUCAAGAUCGCCGAUUUCGGAGUGAGUCGAGUUCUGGCUCAGACCAUGGACCCCUGCAAUUCCUCAGUCGGGACCAUCGCUUACAUGAGUCCGGAGAGGAUCAACACCGAUCUCAAUCACGGCCAGUACGACGGCUACGCCGGCGAUAUAUGGAGCCUUGGGGUCAGCAUAUUGGAAUUUUACAUGGGCCGGUUUCCGUUCUCGGUGGGGCGGCAAGGUGAUUGGGCGACCUUAAUGUGGGCUAUUUGUAUGUCUGAUCCGCCUGAAGCUCCGGCCACUGCUUCAAGUGAGUUCAGGCAUUUCAUUUCUUGCUGCCUGCAGAAAGAGCCUUCGAAGAGACUGUCGGCGGCGCACUUGUUGCAGCACCCGUUUAUCUCCGGCAAUGGUGGCGGUCAGGCCCGGCAGCCUCAUCAGAAUCUUCGCCAUCUGCUGCCGCCACCGAGGCCUCUUUCAUCUUAGCUCAAAUAGUGUACUUUCUACUUUCUUCUUCCUUUGUUUUCGCUGCCCAAUUACUCUCUGCUGUUGGUUUCUUUCUUUUUCCAUGAUAAUGAUAAUGACCAUAUGAUGAUUUUGUGUC